AGAAUACCCCAAAUGCCAUUCAACUUUUUGCGAUAACAAUUUAAACGACUUGAGAUAAGCGCAUCGCGAAGACUGUCGCGUCCCCGGGGCGCGGCUUGUCGCUUUUUCUGCCGGAAUCCGGACGCAAUUAGGAUGUCGGAAGUUAUUAGCGUGACUUUUCCCCCUCCCGCGGAUAUUUUCGUGCGAAUGUUGAAUCAUCCGGAACCAUCUUCAUUCACCCGUGUGUGCGCACCGCGGGCAUGGCACCGGUAUACCGGUUACGCGGGGAGAUGGAAAAGUGGACUUCCCGCUUUCAUCGUCGGGACGACGACGACGCCGUCAUCGUAUAGUCCGACGAAGGAUCGGAAGCGAGCGACGUGACGUGGUUGGUGUGGGGCCGCCUCUGAUUUACCUAGAGCGCAUUAGAAUGUUUAAUAAUCCUAGCAGCGGCCCGCGGUGGACAGGUGGUGGUGGCCUGACCGACUUUUAAAGAAACCUUGGGGGGAGUUGGGCGGCAUCUUCAGUUGGACAUUGGCCUCCGUAAGACGAAGAGUCAGGGAAAAAGAGCCGUAGGGUGCAGGAGACAGGAGAACAACGAGCACGGUUGCUCCCUCGGAUUUCUUCUCAACGACCCACAGAACAGAGCGAAAGAAUGCGACUGUCGACGAUUUUCGAGUUGUUGCUGAUCCUCUUGUUGGUGGCCUUCGCGGCUUACGGUCGAGUAAUUGAUCGCGAUGAGGCGACGCAUCGGGUGGCUCGUGCCGCGAAUAACGUGAAGCAAAGCGAUAUAGACUUGACGACGAUGUCGCUGAAACAGGCGACCGACAGCGUGAACCGAUACUGCACCUGCAACGAGAACAUUUGCAAUUGCUGCCGGGACUUUCACAUACCGCUCGUGCAGCUGAAAGGACCGGGAUGCGCUUCGCUGCAGUACCUUCAAGGUGAUAAUUUGGCAGUCCAGUUGAGCUUCGGCGACAACAUAUUAACCAGCACAAUCGUUAACGGAAAAAGUCCGAAGCCUGUGUGUGUCCCGCUACCGGGUGGCUUCAACAAAUUCUGCGGCAGGAUUUAUUCCAUCCAGCGCGACGCGAAGAAUCACUUCAAAGCGUGCCUCGGUUUGGAACUGCAAUCUCCUACCGAGUUGGAAGCCACUCUUCGCGUUAGUUGCUUCAGAUUUGGUCCAGAGGGUUUGAAGCUUCGACCUGCCGAGCCACUUCCAGUUGUCGAGACAGAGGUCACUUCAGAGGAAGACGAUGAUGACGAUUUUUUCGGGCUCGGUUCAGAUGACGACGACGACGAUGACGACGAUGAGGACGACGAAAGACCCAUUACGAAUACCGUCCCCGAUGCCUCGGGAGUUGAUAACGCACAGGAGUCAGACGACGAUGACGAUGAUGACAUACUAGGCUUCAGCGCUCUGCUGGAUAUCUUCACUGGUGGCGAUGACGACACGCCGACAAGACCCCAAGUUACCACCGGGCCACCGUUGUUGGAAUUCACCAUACCGAUUCUACCACGGCCAACGACUCCCGUAUUGUUAGAGGAUCACGAGCUGCCUACUUUCCCCAACAACAACGAGCAGGAAAAUAAUUACGAGGAACACGACGACAUCACCCAGGAACCAUUGAAGGCAGAAGGGGGCGGAGAAGAAGAAGAAGAAAAUACGGGAGCAUUGACCGAAGAGAGCAACACCGAAGACAACACUGACGAGAACCAGGAACAGAUCACCGAGUCCUCCAACAAAAUCGUGUACACCGCAAAACCUGACAAGGCGCCGACCGUCAACAAAGUGAAGAAAGGAGUCAUCGGAAACAAGAAGAAACCCACGGUAACGUCGACCAGCGUCAACGCGAUCCAGGAUCCUGAGAAGCCGGCGAAGAAACCCGUCAAGGAUGAGGAUGACGAUGAUGACGAUGAUAUUCUGGAUGAUGAUGACGAGGACGUCGACGACGAGGAUGACGAUCUUCUCGACGAUGACGACGACGAGAAGGAUGAUGAAGACGAAGAAGAAGACGAUGAGGACGAAGAUAAAUUGGAAGAUGAGAAGCACGAGGAGCACGACGAUGAUGAGGACGUGAAAGCCGAGGAUCUUGACGAUUUGGACGACGACGACGACGAUGACGACGAGGAAGAAGAAAACGCCAUGUUGAGCGCUCUUAUGGGUACUGGGAAAAGUAAGAAGAGCAAAGAAGACACGAAGACGAAUCAAACUAACGUCCACAAGCACGAUGAUGAGGAUUACGAUCUUGGAUUUCUCGGUAGGGAGAGGCAUUCAAGUGAAAAUCGUCAAAGCAAGAUCACGAGGCUUUGAAUUGUACAGAGUAUUGCUCCAGUCAGUAGGGUAAUUGGAAAUCGAAGAAAGCUCAUCCUUUUUGUCUGGUCAUAAAUUCGUUGGAUCCGACGAAACUCGGGGUGUUUUGUUCGGAUCGGCGGAACGUUCUUCGAAAAUUCGGUGAAUUGGUAUAAUUGUGACAGUGCGACCUGUUUUUUAACGAUAAGAUUACAAGAGUCAACAUUUCUCGACUCGUAAUUUCGUGAUGGCUGAAAAAUAACGGAUUGCGUGUUUUCACGACAUCCUAAUUAUUUCUUAACGAUUCGUAACGAUAAUCGUAAAAAGAAGAUCGUUUAUUUCACAAUAAGUGUUAAUUGAUUUUAUUGUUGGAAAAUAACUUCGCGGUUUAUUUCGCUAUUAUCACAAUUAUCUUGUUUUUUUACGUAGUUAUUUUUUUAUUUAUUAAAUAAUAUGGAGACUGAAAUCUUACAGCAAAGAUGGAAGAGCUUUCUUGAGAAAACGCUCAAAUAGAAUUGCGCGAAUAGAAGAUUUUUAUGUCUUGGAAACAAGAUCUUAGGGAGAUUUUUAUGUAAUGCGAGAAUUUGCAAUGACCUCAGCCAUAAUAAAUUGCUCGAUUAGUUUAACGUUAUUUAUUAAGAGCAAAUGAAUAUUUAUUGUAUGUAUUAUGAUUUA